GAUUAAGAGUCAUAUUGCGAGAGGCAUUCUUUCGUGAGGUUCGGACUUCUUGAUAAGGAAAUGCCUCGUUUUUUUAAACGUCUAAAAUAGUUCCUCUUCAAAAACAUUUAAGGCAGAUUUUCCUGGACAACCAUUAACCGAAAGUUUAGAAUCUAAAAGUCGAGGAAAAAAGUUUUUUUGGGACAUAUUUAAGGCGAAGUAUUGUGCUGCACCGACAAUACAAUGACAAGUACGAAACGCUGGAUUCUACCUGUCGCAUGGUUGUUUUCCAUGGCGAGUUUUGGAACAUGUUUUUCAGAUUGCACAUCACCACUCGGCAUGACAUCACGCGCCAUCAAGGAUCACCAAAUAACAGCUUCAUCAACGUUCUCUGACUUUACCAAGCCUCAAGAAGGAAGACUACGAAACCAAAGAAUUCCUGGACAGUUUAGUACGUUCGCUGGUUGGUGCGCCGACGACAACGAUGCCUCCCCAUAUCUACAGAUUGACUUUCAACAAGAGACAGUGGUGCGCGAACUGGCAACGCAAGGCCUUGAAGAGCCAUCAGGCAACUGGGUCACAGAGUACGCCUUGAACUACAGCUGCGAUGGAGCGACCUGGACGGCGUAUAAAGAUGAAGGGGAUGAUAAACAAAAGGUUUUCAAGGCCAACACUGAUGAUUCUACAAUAGUUAAAGUUCAUUUGAAGCUACCAGUCAUUGCUAGAAUGAUUCGCUUCCGGCCGCUGAAGAAGAGAAACCACGGAAUGGCUUGCAUGAGGGUAGAAAUGUAUGGCUGCAAGUCUAAUCCAGAUAAACAGUUCAGUGACUGUAGCGUCGCAGUGGGAGUAGAGAAUGGUCAGAUAGCGAACGCGCAGAUGACGUCCUCUUCACAUUCACAAAGCCACUUUCCCUACUACGGACGUCUGAAUAAUAAAAACAAAGUCGUCGAUGGUAACGUUAGCUGGGGCGCGUGGUGUACGAACGAAGUGCGAAACAAACAGUAUUUACAGGUGGACCUUGGUAAUACUCGCUCUAUAUCAGGUGUGGCAAUACAGGGAUACGCCAAAGGUGGAUGGGUCACCAAGUUUAUGCUUCAAUACAGCUUAAACUUGAAAGAAUGGAAUUUAUACAAAGACUUCAACUCGAGCAAAAAUAUGGUAUUUGAUGGCAGUUGGGACGCCGAGACGAUCAUUAAACAUGAUCUUAAUGUCAACGUUCAAACCCGUUAUGUUAGGUUUAUUCCUACAGCCUGGAAAACCUCUGGUAAUAUCUGCAUGAGGGUUGAGGUCUAUCAGUGUAUUUAUUAUAAAGGUUGCCCUAGGCUCCCUACGACAAUACAACCAACAGGAACAAUAACAAGCUCGCUAAGCAACACGGGAAUUUCACCAACAGGGGAGCCAACCCUUCAAUCAACUCAAGAUAAGAACAACAACGUACGGAACAGCAAUUCACUGGGCUCAAUCAUCCAAGUGGAAUUCCUAGCUUUCUGUUUUUGCUUUUUAUGUUGUUAUUUUAUACGUUGAUGUAGGAUAGCAUUUGUAAAUUUAUCACAUCUUCGACUAUAUUUAUUAAGAGUUAAUUAUCAAUACCGCAUUAAGCUUCCAGAAAAUAAGGCUUUUUACGAUGGAAAACUUGACAAACACGUUUUGACUUUCUGUUUGUCACGUGAUAUUUCGCAAAGAACGAUGGGGAAAAUUUUUGCAAACCGCCACAAAUUUUAUAAAAGUUUCACAAUGAAAAGACAAAUUUUUAAAUGGAGAAAUUUUAAACCAAUAUGGUGGAUAUGACGUUACAAGCAGAGUCGGAAUGAAGAUAUCAUGUAUAUAAAGUUUUUAUAAUAGGAACAAAGAGGUUUUGCUACUUCGCUUUUACACAAUUAUGCAACCAAAUUAUAUGUAUAUUAUUUGCUAUUUAUAUGCUAGUAUGUCACGGGUUUUGUUGCGCUUUUUUUAAACAAAAAAAAUGUUAAAAGUAUUGAAAUUUAAACUGUACACUUGGAUAAAUAA